GGGAGAGGGCUGGGGCCAGGCCGGGACUACGCCUGAGGCGCGGAAGCUGCGCGGCCCAGCCCCGCUCCGCUACCAUGGCGGUCGUGGACACCGGCUACCCCUACUCUUUGCGGGGCGCCCUGAAGAUCCUCCGCACGGUGCUGGCCUUGGUGGCCUUCCUGCUCUUUUUGCAGUCCCAGUCCCGCGGGGCGUACACGGCGCUGGCGGGCAUGGAGAUGAUCAUCACCGUGCUGCUCUUCCUGUUCUACUUGCUAAAGCUCGAUAAAAAGCUGAGCUGGCUCUUCUGGCCGCUGGCCGAUGUUUUGAACUCGGUGAUUGCAGCGUUGUUCCUGCUCAUUGUGUGCCUGUUCGCAGUAAUUAUCAAGACCAACAAUGGGACACUGGCUGGAGGAGUGUUUGGUCUCACACUGUGUGUUGUCUGUGUUGUCGACGCGGUUCUUGUUUUCCGGAAGAUUAAAUUUGAUAGAUCCAGAGGAAACAAUACUGCUGAAAACUAAGAUUACCAUUUUACUAACAGAACAAGUCCAAGAGUG